AUGACGAGUGUAGCCGUAGGCCCGGCUAGCCUAGGACUUCCCAACAUGCUCGGCCCCAAGAGGUACCAUCUCCAGCAGGGCUUGGCCUCGCCAACCUCACCAACCUCGCCCACACCUCCCAAGGGCUACGAGACGCUGAGCAAGGGCAAGAAGUCAUGGAGUGUCAGACUGGGUCUAUCGCGCGCCUCGCAAUCGCCUCGCCAGGAGUCUAUCCACUCGCCAGGGAAGCAUCACAUUGGCUGGGGUACGGUGACCGGCGGCAGCGUCCUCGCUCAGCAGAUGAUUUACGGGGAGCCUUGGUUGUACGGUACGGUACGGGGGACGGGAUCAAGGCCCUUUGGGCCGAACCACGUACCUCAGUUGGCCCAUCAUCAAGGGGCCUCGGUCCUUCUCGUCUGCUCAUGCCCGGACUUCCUUAGUGGUACUGUGCGCGACGUCGGAAGCAACUGCAGGAAGUGCGGCGGGCACAGACUUGCGGGUCUCGCCAUUGGCGGCACUUGCAGGAUGCCCACUGCGCAUGUCAGGACGAGGCCCAGCCUGGCCGGCAUGUUGAAACCAAGCAUCGAUGACCCCUACGAUCUGAUGCGUCGGAGCAGACUCUCGGAGCCGCGGUCGCGGGCCCGCAGCAUUUCGCCAUUGCGCCAAGCGAAUCAGCGUGACAUCCGUAGUCGGAGCGUCGUCCGAUGCAAUUUGAAUAAGGAUCGAGGGGGCCUGAAGAUCGCCACUGUCGAGCCCAUGUCUAGGACCGAGUGGUUCGAGUGCUCCCCGUCCAGUCCGAACUCAAGCAGUGCGAGUCCUGGGACCGACUGCAUCCACGACGACAACUCCAACCAAUCGGCGGAUUCGAAGGAGGAUGAUUGGACCUCGAAGAAGGCAUUGGCGACGCAGGAGUUAUCGACCCUACGCUCACUGCCCGGUCGAAUGGUUCGUGUAACUGGCCACACCAAUAAACCCAGAUGCUGGCAGUCGUCGCCAUCGCAAUUAAAACAGGAGGAAGAAACAAAUAGCACAACGACGUCCAUGAGCGGCGAUUCUCGUAAGAGUAUCCUCGAGUGCGAUGUAAAUCCGUAUCUGCUGCUCAAGAACCAGCAACAAAGAAGCAUCUCCAACAAGGAUGAAGAUGACCUGAGCGAUGACCUCUCGGACAAUGCCUUAGAGCAGGAGCUUCAACAGUCGAUUAGCAGUAGCUCCUCGAAUCUUUUUGAUUCGUCCAAGGUCAAGUCUAUUGAGCGUAUACCAAAUAGAAGCUCGGUCGCCGCGAUUGGCGGGCAGAGAAUUAGAGUCUUCAACGAGACGAGGGAGCCAAGCGACGACGAAGAUGGACAUAUACCAUUGCAGCCCACCCUUACUAGGAUACCCAUUCCAAAGAUAUCGCCCAAGAGACCCCCUAGGAGGCUCAAAGAGGCCAAGAAUGCCUUAAGAAGUAUAUUGAAACGAGCUGAUAAAUCCGUUUUUACGGAGCCUAAGCGCAAAAGUGUACUGUUCAAUGUGGACAAUAUGAUUCUCGCACCCGAGAAGCCCGUGGACAUGUCUUCGAGUUUCCAAAGAAAGUGCAACAAAGUAGCAAUGCCUUUAGUCAAGGACUCGGCGUCUUCAAGCGAUGCAAAAAGUACAGACGUUGAUUCUCUCGUAAGAGAAACACCAAUAGUACCAGAGGAAGUACAAGUAGAGAGGCCUCAUCGUUUCAUCACAAUACCGAACAUCAAAAGUUUCAAACAACCUCAGCCGGCGCAGCAAAUAACACAAGAUCGAUACAACCGACAACUACUAGAAUCCAAAAUCGUGCCUAGGAUCAAAACUCUGGCACCGAUCGACAAGAUAAAAAUAGACAAGUUCGUACCGUCGAAAAAGCAGCAGCUUCAGGAUCAGCAUCAUCAACAGAAUCGCGCAAGCCAGGAUAUUAAUGUGCAUAUGAGCGGUGUGAGUGUUGGGGAGCCGGGGAAGAGUAAACCAGUGCACUCAGAGCCGUGCGCUGUUCCUCUGCCGGAAACGGAGGAGGAGAAAGUCGAUAUUACGCUGGACUCCGAGUCAAGAAAUAUUAAAGUUUUUGCCGUUGAUGAGAAAGAUAUGAUCGACAAGUGCGAAGCAAACGACAAAUGCGCCAUCUACAACAAUGCUGAUUCCUGGGAUAAACGAACCGUUAACUACUACGACUCCGUUAUCAAGGUCUUUAGAAUUUUUAUAAAGAAAAAUUACUUCAUCGCCAAGGAUAGCAACUUUUGCGACGCGUAA